AUGUGUGUGCGGAGGAAGCAGAAAAAUGCGAAGACUAAGCUUUUUGCGGCCCAAACUGUUAACAAUAACGUGGAUGCUGGUUCCGUUCAGCCUAUGCCUGCUCCCGCUGCUCCUAUAAUUGUAGCAAUGCCACCUACAGUCUCAGGCUCGAAGGAGGCAGUACAAGAAGCGCGGGAAAAAGAGCAGAAAAUUGUGUCGAAGCCUCUUAUACCGACAAUUCUUGGAUCUGCAGAACUCAUGCGGAGAAGGAAAGACGACGAUACGCUACGCGAAGUUGGAAAUACCAUGCCAGAAUACGAUUGCGAUAGGGAUGAUCCUCCAAAGAUUGUGGUGGAGAGGACUCAGGACAGUAUAGACGCAAAAACAGCGCGCCUUCCUUCUGGACUACUUGCACCGGGAAGUCUUGAGAAACCAGCAGUUUUGAAAUAA